GCUCCGAGAGUUGCAGACAAAUCAUCGACGGCGGCGGCGGCGGCGGAGGAUAUAAAGAAUGGCCGGAGCCAGCGGAGGAAGAUCACUGGAGCAAACGCCGACUUGGGCUGUGGCGGUUGUGUGUUUUGUUUUGGUUGCGGUUUCCAUUCUUAUCGAACACAUCAUCCAUUUAAUAGGAAAGUGGUUCAAGUCGAAACAUAAAAGGGCUCUCUAUGAAUCACUCGAAAAGGUCAAAGCAGAGUUGAUGCUGCUGGGAUUUAUAUCGUUGCUGCUGACGGUGGGCCAGAGUCCAAUCUCGAACAUAUGUAUAUCGGAGAAAUUGGGGUCCACGUGGCACCCAUGCAACAAGAAGCAAGAGGGGAACAAGUACCCGGCGCCGCCGAAAGAAGAUCCCGAAGAAGAUAACCGCCGGAGACUUCUCUCGGUGGUGGACGGAGGCAGUUUCCGGCGUAUCCUGGCCGGCGGCGGAACUGACAAAUGCGCGGAAAAGGGUAAAGUUCCAUUUGUGUCCUCGGAUGGUAUACACCAGCUUCAUAUUUUCAUCUUUGUUUUGGCUAUUUUCCAUGUCCUUUAUUGUAUUCUCACCAUGGCCUUAGGAAGAGCUAAG